GAGAGUUGGGGGAGAACCUCACUGAGCACGGGCAGCUGUGGCCUUCACCAUGGCUGCAUCGAGGGCACUUCUGACGCUGGAAAACUUCAUAGGUGGAAAAUUUUUACCUUGUAACUCAUACCUAGACUCCUACGAUCCCUCUACAGGAGAGGUGUACUGCAGAGUGCCAGACAGCGGAAAAGAAGAGAUCGAAGCCGCGGUGGAAGCAGCCAGAGCAGCUUUUCCAGGCUGGUCGUCCCGGAGCCCCCAGGAGCGCUCACAGGUGCUGCACCGGCUGGCGGAUUUGCUGGAACAGUCCCUGGAGGAGCUGGCUCAGGCUGAAUCGAAGGACCAAGGGAAAACCAUUACACUGGCAAAAACCAUGGACAUUCCCAGGUCUGUACAGAACUUCCGGUUCUUUGCCUCCUCCAUCCUGCACCACACGUCGGAGUGCACGCAGAUGGACCACCUGGGCUGUCUGCACUACACAGUGCGGGCCCCCGUGGGCAUUGCGGGUCUGAUCAGUCCCUGGAAUUUGCCACUCUACUUGCUGACCUGGAAGAUCGCUCCGGCGAUCGCUGCUGGCAACACUGUGAUAGCCAAGCCCAGCGAGCUGACUUCAGUGACCACGUGGAUGAUGUGUAGACUCCUGGAGAAAGCAGGUGUUCCAGCAGGCGUGGUCAACAUUGUGUUUGGAACAGGGCCCCAGGUGGGUGAAGCCUUGGUGUCCCAUCCGGAGGUGCCCCUCAUCUCCUUCACGGGGAGCCAGCCCACAGCUGAGCGCAUCAUGCAGCUGAGUGCUCCCCACUGCAAGAAGCUCUCGCUGGAGCUGGGGGGCAAGAAUCCUGCCCUCAUCUUUGAAGACGCCAACCUGGAAGAGUGCAUUCCCACCACCGUCAGGUCCAGCUUUGCCAACCAGGGAGAAAUCUGUCUCUGCACCAGCAGGAUCUUUGUCCAGAAGAGCAUCUAUAAUGAAUUUUUAAAGAGGUUUGUGGAAGCUACCAGAAUGUGGAAAGUUGGCGUUCCCUCCGACCCAUCGGCCAACAUGGGCGCUCUGAUCAGUAAAGCUCAUUUGGAGAAAGUAAAAGGCUACAUUGUCCAGUUUUUUUCUUCAGGGGGCAAAUUUCUGAGAGGUGAGGGAGUGGAUUGAACCUCCCCCAGGAACCAGACAGGGUAUUUCAUGUUGGGUUCUCGGGUGUUGUUUUUGGGUUUAGAGAGUCUGCUGCAUGAAGAAGAGAUAUUUGGUCCAGUGACGUGUGUUGUCCCCUUUGAUAGCGAAGAGGAAGUGAUUCAAAGAGCCAACAGCGUUAAAUACGGGCUGGCCGCGACGGUGUGGUCAAGCAACGUGGGGCGUGUCCACCGGGGGCAAAGAGGUUUACAGGCAGGCUUGGUCUGGACAGAAUAAUGUAUGUGGGAUGGAGGAGAGCUGAACCUGCCUUUCGGGGGGAUGAAGAGUUCUGGGGUGGGCAGAGAAGGAGUCAAAGACUCUUACGAAUUCUUUACUGAAAUCAAAACCAUCACGGUUAAACACUGACCUUGGCCAAUGCACAAGCUGUUACAGUUGAUGCCUGGCUGCAGAGAAUCAGUCGUCCAAUGCGGUGAACAGAAAUCCUGGCAUAAACUCCAGCCACAUCUUGACUCAGCAGAAGCUUAUCUCUCUAGCUUAUCUCCGUAGUUAGUAGUUUUACCCGCAGGUGAAGAGAGACUGUCUCUCUUCAAUGAGGAUGCAAAGAGGAGAAGACUUCCGAAUAGGAAGGCACAACAAGGAAUCCAAGCAAACAGCAGGCUCUUCCUAGGCUGUGUUUUCAUACUAUUUUUUCCAUCAUUUUGAUUCAAUUCUUGGAAAUUCACAUUUCCAAGAUAACCACAAUUUUUUUUUUCAUUUGCAAGUAUAUGGUUAAAAAAAAUCUACGAAUCACUAUAAUUUCCUACUUUGGAGAGAUUGUCAAGAUGAUCUCCCUCUCCAUCAGCCACUAUAGCUAAUUGGUAAUUGAAGAGGCUGCACCUCCUUAUCCAAGGGGCCCAUGAAUGUUGACGAUAAAUGUUAUGUGAAUUUGUGGGAGAAGAUAUUUAUGGUAGGUCCUACUGAAUAACUCUGUAUAAGGACAAAUUAAAAUAAAAUAGCUACCACUUUUGGAGGAAACUUAGAACAAGGAGAGCUUGAUCUAGUCCUACUGUGGAGUCUAAUCAAUUCUAAUUCUUCAUGUAUGCAUCUCAUGAAACUUAAAAUUUACUAACCCUAAAGGAAGCAAUAAAUGUUAAGCAAUUUUAGUAACCAGUAUGACA